CGAUCCGGUUAUGCUGGACUGCGGGCACAACUUCUGCCGCUCCUGUAUCACACAGAGUUGGGACAGGGAGGGGAGAAACUCCUGCCCGGAAUGUAGAGAGGAGUUUACAGACCGCACCCUCAGGGUGAAUCGGGCCUUGGCGAGACUGUCUGAGAAAGCUCGAACACUGAGCCUGAAUCGGACAGAGAAGGAAAGUAAACUUCAGUGCGAGGAACAUCAGGAAGAACUGAAGCUGUUUUGUGAAACUGACAAGAAGCUGAUCUGUGUGAUUUGUGCAGGUGGGCGGGAACACAGAGAUCACCGCUUCAUGCUGGUGGAUGAAGCUGUUGAAACCUACAAGGAUCAGGCGAAAUCUUCCAUCCAGUCUCUCACAAAAAAGAAAUCAGAGAUCCAGCGAAUGGAGCAGCAACAGAAACAGAAGAUUUCUGGAGUUCUGGAACAAUCACACAACCUUCAGUCCAAGAUCACAUCCCAGUAUGCUGAACUGCACCAGAUUCUCACUGAGAAAGAGCAGCGCACACUGGCAGAUAUCCGGGAGGAAGAGAAGAAGAUUCUGAAUACAAUGGAGAAAAAUCUUGGAAAGAUUCAAGAGAAUUUAAAUUCCAUUCAGGAGGAACUCUUAAAGUUGCAGCAACAGAUGGAUCAAAAAGACAGUGUGGUGUUUCUGAAGGAGAAAGCUGGUGGCAAGCAAAGGGUUCGUGAUGAAGCCAAACCAUUGUUGGUGGUAGAUGAUGCCUUACCGAUUGAAAAGUUUCAUUGCCCUGUUUCCUUCAACAAAGAAAUAUCUGAUGACUUCAAGCAAGUCUCCGUCACCCUGGAUGUGGAAACAGCGCAUGCGCAGCUCGAGGUGUCUGAGGAUCGGAAGAGGGUGAGAUGGACCGGGACCGAGAGGCGUCUCCCUGACACCGGGAAGAGGUUUACAGGCUGGGCGUGUGUGCUGGGAUCGGAGGGAUUCACAUCGGGGAGACAUUACUGGGAGGUGGAGGUGGCGGGGAGUCGGUGGUGGAGUCUGGGAGUCGCCGCAGAGUCUGUGGAGAGGAAGAGACUGGUCACACUGACCCCGGAGACUGGAGUCUGGAGCAUCAGGCGGCAGGGUGACGGGUUUGAUGCAUUCACCUCCCCUCCAUCCCCUCUCCCCGCCCGUCCCAUCCCCGGGAGGGUGGGAGUUUAUCUCAGUUACGAGUCCGGGACAGUUUCAUUUUACGACGCGGACACCAAGUCCCAUCUCCACACCUUCACUGGGAAUAAAUUCACGGAGAAACUUUAUCCUUUCUUCGAGACUUGUGAUGUAAACCAGUGGCUGAGAAUCUGCUCCGGUUCCGCUCCGGGUGUGUAAAAAAAAAUGUAAAUGUGGGAAGAGUGAAAUAAACAGCAACUGAAAUCAGA